GUUACCAUCACUCCACCAAAAUAUAAACUCUACAUCACACAUCACACAAAUUCUUUGUGAAUGAUGCAACACAAAUGUAGUAGACAUUGUGAACUUCGAACCAUCAGCGGACAAAGAAUCAAUCAAGACUGUCAGUCUCGCUCAUCCAUGCAACAUCGAUUUCUAGCGACGUGACAACCUACACCAAUUGAUACCAAAUUGGGAAGAGGUAAAAACACAGUGAAAAUUCACGAGGUGAAGGAUUGACAGGAAUCUUCAACCUUUCUAAGCACUAUACAUUUGUUUCUUUUUAGCUGCUAAAUUUCGAGUAUUAUAAGAAAAUAGAGUAAGAACCAUCCUAUGCAAACAAUACUGAAACAGUGAAACAGUUCCUACAAGGAAUCGAGGAAUGCUCUUGAAUUCAGUCUCUUUUCUUCUCGUUUCCAUUGCUGCCAGUUGUAUCUUCUCUGUUGCUCUAUCUUCCUGCCUUAAUUCCUUAGUAUUGUGUCCAUUCAUGCCGGUAGAGUGAGCUGUCUGUGCCGUAAUACAGGGAAAACUGAAGUGCACGGCGGAAGAGGAAGAUAUGCUGGUGAUGGAGACAGCGUGGGGGGUCGUGCUGACGGUGACGGCUGCAGCGAUGGGGCUGGUGGCGGUGUGUGGAGGCUUGAGACGGCUGCACGAGUGGGUGCAGGAGGUCGGCCUUGGGGAGAAGCGCCGCCACCUGCCGCCGGGCGACAUGGGUUGGCCCAUCAUCGGUAACAUGUGGGCCUUCCUCCGCUCCUUCAAGUCCGGCCAACCUGAUUCCUUCAUCGCCUCCUUCGUCCGACGGUCAGUCAUUCUCAUUCCCCGAGAAUUUAAUGGCGUGGGGAUGUACAAGGGGUACAUGUUCGGCAGCCCCACGAUCAUGAUCCACACGCCGGAAGGCUGCAGGCACGUGCUGAUGGACGACGAGCACUUCAUCCCCGGUUGGCCGAAGUCGACUCGGCUGCUCAUGGGGGAGAAGUCCUUCGUCGGCAUCGUGCGCGAGGAGCACAAGCGGCUGCGGCGGCUCACCGCCGCUCCCAUCAAUGGGCACGAGGCACUCAACGACUACCUCCAGUUCAUCGAGCACACCGUCGUGACCACCCUCGAGAGGUGGGCCGGGAUGGGUCAGAUCGAGUUCCUCACCGAGAUGAGACGGCUCACCUUCAGAAUCAUCAUGCAGAUCUUUCUGAGCUCCGGGAGCGAGGAUGUCAUACGAUCCCUGGAGAAGGUGUACACCGAUCUCAACUAUGGGGUGAGAGCCAUGGCUAUCAAUCUCCCAGGGUUUGCCUUCCACAGAGCCCUUAAGGCCCGAAAAAGUUUGGUUGCAACUCUUCAAAGUGUGGUUGAUGAAAGAAGAGCAUUGAAAGCAAGAAAUCUAUCUCCAGCAAAGAAGGACAUGAUGGAUAAUCUAAUAGAUGUCGAAGAUGAAAACGGUAGGAGAUUGAACGAUGAGGAGAUAAUUGAUAUCCUGAUCAUGUACCUCAAUGCUGGCCAUGAAUCUUCUGGCCACAUCACCAUGUGGGCUACUGUCUUUCUUCAGGAGAACCCAGACAUCUUUGAGAAAGCCAAGGUAACAUUACAAUCAGCAGAGCAAGAGGAAAUCAGAAGAAGCAUGCCACCUGCACAGAAGGGGCUAACACUCACUGAAGUGAGGAAGAUGAAGUAUCUUUCAAAGGUUACCGAUGAGACGUUGCGCAUGGUUAACAUAUCAUUUGUUACUUUUCGUCAAGCAACCAAAGAUGUUUAUCUCAAUGGUACCAAUUACAAAAGGCUCAUUCAAAUGUUGAUCAAUUAUGCAAGUCAUGUCACAGGCUAUCUGAUACCCAAGGAUUGGAAAGUUCAGCUAUGGUUCAGAAAUGUUCACUUGGAUCCUCAAGUAUACACCGAUCCUAAGAAGUUCGACCCCUCUAGAUGGGAUGUAAGUUGGCCACCUUGUUAUGUGUAUACAUGUUUAUGGUCCAUUGUCAUGAAUUUUGCUUUGUUAUUCAAGGAUUUCACACCCAAAGCUGGAACAUUUCUUCCCUUUGGAGGAGGCAGUAGGUUAUGCCCGGGAAAUGAGUUAGCCAAGCUAGAGAUUGCUGUCUUCCUGCACCAUUUUCUCCUCGGCUAUGAGUGAGUCCUUUUACUCCCAAGCUAGUGGUAUCAC